AUGAAUAACGAGGAGUGGAGUUGGGAGCAGGAAGAGCCUUUCGUCCGCGCGCUCGUCGAGAAUCAAGAGGACAAUGCCGACCGGUGGGAGAGAAUUGCGGCCGGAUUAGCCGGAAAAACUGCGGAGGAGGUGAAAGCUCAUUACGAUCUUCUGGCCGGGGAUAUCAGUCUGAUCGAAUCCGGCCUCGUUCCUUUACCCGAUUAUGUCGAUGAUGAAGUGCAGGUGGCCCCCGAUCAGAAAAAGAGCAGAAAACCGAGCACAAAGUGGACUCUUGAGGAGCACAAGGCAUUUCUCCGGGGGAUCGCAGUGUUACGCAAGGGCGAUUGGCGCGGUAUUUCUAGACAAUAUGUGCCGGGGAGGACACCAAUACAAGUGGCAAGCCACGCGCAAAAGUACUUCGAGCGCCAGGGUAAGGAGCAAUCGAAGAAGAAACGGCGAAGCAUUCACGAUGUCAGCCUCGAGACGCUGAUGCCGGCCACAGCCAACGAGCCGGUCAACAGGCACCCCGCCGUCCAGUCUAACGGGUCCAGCAAUGGACAGCCGAUCCACCAAACCGAUCGGCCAGCCAACGGAACCCCGACCCUCGACAUUGAUACGUCGACGAAUGGGAGCUCGACGCACCGAGCUCCCCAGCUUCGCGACCCGCCUGCACCUGCACAUAGCACUCCAAUCAAUCUCCACCCGCAGCAGCUCACUCCCGGUAUCUUCAUCCCGCUAUUCAGAAGCGACGAUCCACGUGCUUCCGCGUUGAACAUCCCUCCAUUAGCGUCUCGAGCGCCCGAUACGCCGACCCAGUCAGAGCAAGAGCCACACAGACCGCGAGGUUCGCUCCACAACCCCGUUUCUUAGGAUUCGAUAGCAUCGUUCCCUGUCGGACGUCGCUCCGAUUGCCCAUCGAAUGCUUAAUACUUCAAUCCAGAUACAGCAAAAGUGGAUCUCAUUCCAUGUAUAGCAAAGUAUAAACAAUAGAGAUUAGUCCCAGUUUAAAUAUGAGGUAGUCAUUAGUAUGGACCAUGAUUUAGAUGGUCCAUAGGGUAUAGAAAAGGCCAAAACUACAGCUUACAACUCACAUGUAUAUAUAUAGUCACUAGUGGAGCUUUGUCCCAUUUUGGAAUCAUGUUUUAGGUGAUGAUCCAUAGGAAAGAGAACUACAGUAUACAACUAACAUGCAUACAUAGUUUUGAAACUAAUAAAGUUUCGAAAAAAUUGGCGUCUCUAUUGACUUGUGCACAUAUCUACACUCA